AUGUCUUCUCAACACGACAAAAUAAACAGCAUUAAUACACCCGUAGAUACUCCCUCUCCUACCAAUAACAACAACAGCGACAACGACGAAACUCCGUUGUGUAAGUGCAAUAUCGAAGCUGUCGCUCGUCAAGUCGGUAAACGUGGCAAGCCAGAAAACCGAGGUCGAUAUUUUUGGGGAUGUGUAAAGUAUGGGACGGUAGAUGACGACAAUAAAUGCAAUUUUUUUAAAUGGUUUGAUGGCGAUUCCCCAAAUUUUUCUGAUAAUGGCGGAUAUGGGAAAACCAUACCUAGCCAACAUUACAACAAUAAUCGAGGUCUAAAUGGUAAUGGAAAGCGACGUGCUGAAUUUGAAGAAGAUGACGAAAUCCAAGAUCAAUUCUGGAUAAAUAACCGCUAUAAUCUUAUACGUCAAGAACGAGUCGCAAAAGCACAAGAGCUAUCAAAAAUCUAUACACGAAAGGAAUUGCAGCUUGCACAACAAGAGAUGCAGAAAAUGAAGGAAGAGAUGGAAUUAAUGAAGAGGGAAAAUCAAGUCCUCAUAGGCGAAAAGAGGUUGUUGGAAAGGGAGUUAGAAACGGCAAAACAAGAGAUCGAUCAACUGAAAAGGAAUAGCCUUUAA